UAGACAGAAAGAGGCAUAGCGAGAGGGAUACGAACCCAAGGGCUCUUCUCGAACGCAAGAAACGGGCGAGCAGACGGCACGCCACCUUGGUGUGAGCAAAGCAAAAACUAGCUAGGCCAGAGUGAUCAUGGCGGCGGCGGCCAACGGAAGCCUCGCCGACGAGAAGGCGCCGGAGACGAUCGGCGUCGGGCGGUACGUGGAAAUGGAGCAAGACGGCAACUCCGGCAGCACCGCAAAGUCGCGGCUCUCCGGGCUGCUCUGGCACGGCGGCUCCGCCUACGACGCCUGGUUCAGUUGCGCCUCCAACCAGGUGGCGCAGGUGCUCCUGACCUUGCCCUACUCCUUCUCGCAACUGGGGAUGCUCAGCGGCAUCCUGUUCCAGCUCUUCUACGGCUUGAUGGGCAGCUGGACUGCGUACCUCAUCAGCAUCCUGUACGUGGAGUACAGGACCAGGAAGGAGAGGGAGAAGGCAGACUUCAGGAACCAUGUCAUCCAGUGGUUCGAGGUGCUGGAUGGGCUGCUUGGGAGGCACUGGAGAAAUGUCGGCCUCGCCUUCAACUGCACCUUCCUCCUCUUCGGCUCCGUCAUCCAGCUCAUCGCCUGCGCCAGCAACAUCUACUACAUCAACGACAGGUUGGACAAGCGGACAUGGACCUACAUCUUCGGGGCGUGCUGCGCCACCACGGUGUUCAUCCCGUCGUUCCACAACUACCGGAUCUGGUCAUUCCUCGGCCUCGUCAUGACCACCUACACGGCCUGGUACCUCGCCAUUGCUUCCAUCCUCCAUGGACAGGUUGAUGGCGUGAAGCACUCGGGCCCGACCAAGAUGGUUCUCUACUUCACCGGGGCCACAAACAUUCUAUACACCUUCGGAGGCCAUGCUGUUACUGUGGAGGUGAUGCACGCGAUGUGGCGUCCGCAGAAGUUCAAGGCGAUCUACCUGAUGGCGACGCUGUACGUGCUGACGCUGACGCUGCCGUCGGCGGCGAGCGUGUACUGGGCGUUCGGGGACGACCUGCUGACGCACUCCAACGCGCUGUCGCUGCUGCCGCGCACGGCGUUCCGGGACGCCGCCGUGGUGCUCAUGCUCGUCCACCAGUUCAUCACCUUCGGCUUCGCCUGCACGCCGCUCUACUUCGUCUGGGAGAAGCUCAUCGGCCUCCACGACUGCCGCAGCCUCUGCAAGCGCGCCGCCGCAAGGCUCCCCGUCGUCGUGCCCAUCUGGUUCCUCGCCAUCGUCUUCCCAUUCUUCGGGCCCAUCAACUCCGCCGUCGGCUCCCUCCUCGUCAGCUUCACCGUCUACAUCAUCCCGGCCUUGGCGCACAUGAUCACCUACCGCUCCGCACCGGCCCGUGAGAACGCGGUGGAACCGCCGCCGCGGUUCGUGGGGCGAUGGACGGGCACGUACAUGAUCAACGCGUUCGUGGUGGCAUGGGUGCUGGUGGUGGGCUUCGGCUUCGGCGGCUGGGCCAGCAUGACCAACUUCAUCCGCCAGAUCGACACCUUCGGGCUCUUCACCAAGUGCUACCAGUGCCCCACGACGGCCCAGCCCGGCCUCGCGCCGCCGCUCCCGUCGGCCGCUCCGGACGCCUCCUGGCCGUUCCCCGGCGUCCUCUCCAACUUCACAAUGCCAGCCCCUGCUCCUUCUCCGGCGCAUUUCUUCCGCCACCCCCGGCAUCACAGCCACGGGCCGGCUUUGAAGUAGUAUAAACCUACUGUUAGUCUAGUGCGGCACAAGUUAGCAGGGAGCUUGUUGUGUUUUCUUUUUCUCUUGGAUUCAGAGAGAGGCGAUGACUGAUGAGGACUGUUGUUCUGUGCUGUGUCCUGGCAUGAUGCAUCUAGCUGUUGCUUUCUCUUAUUCUCAUGCAUGCUCUCCUCUGUUUUGGGGUACACCAUUCAGUGCUGUAUCAUUGGCAGUACUAAGGUGGUAAUUUAUGCACUCAGGACUCAGGAGUCACGACUUCAGGAA